GAUAAUGUACGGAUAAUCUAUAUAUAUCAUUCCUAACUAUGGGAAUUAUCAUUAAACCAAUUCUAUUCCCAGCUAUCAAAUCUUAUCAAGUCCACUGGCCGACUUCUUAUUCAUUUAAUACAUUCAGUCAAAUAUUAAUUUUGAACUCUCAUGAUAUCUAUCGUAAUUUAACUUUCGAAGAAUGUUUAUAUCGUGAAGGUGAAAAAUAUUUUCAAUCUUUGAAAGAGAAACCAUCAUGGUUUACCAAAAUCUUGUUAUGGCGUAAUACUUCUUCUAUUGUUAUUGGUCGAUUUCAAAAUCCAUGGAAAGAAGUAAAUCUAUCAUUAAUACAUUCUAAUAAAUGGAAAUUAGCUAGACGUUCUACUGGUGGUGGUACUGUAUAUCAUGAUCUUGGUAAUUUAAAUAUAUCAUUUAUACAACCUAGAUGUUAUAUGGAUAGGCAGAAAUGUAUGGAAUUUCUUCAAUCUGUUUUACAAUCAUUAUUAAUACCAUUAAAUUAUACUAUACAUAUUGGGAAUAGAUAUGAUUUAUGGAUUAAAGAAAAUCAAAUGAAUAUAAAUACAGAGCAAAACAUGAUGAAAAUAUCUGGCUCUUCAUCGAAAUUCGGUUCUAAUAUGGCUUAUCAUCAUUGUACAUUACUUUUUGAUGCAAAUUUAAACAAUUUAUCCGAAGUACUAAAACCGACUUUUGUAAAUUUAAAAACCAAAGCAACUGAUAGUAUUCGAAGUCCAGUGAAAAAUUUAAAUUUAAAUAUUGAAUUACUUUUAAAUUCAAUAAUAGAAAAUAGUUUAAAAUGGAUAUUUAAAAACGAUUCAAUUACAUCUAACCCUAUGGUAACCAAAAUAUUUGAAGGUCAAGAAGAUCAAUUUAUUCAUUCCAUCAAAGAUUUUCAACAAGGAUUAGCAUUAUCACAAACAUGGUCAUGGAUUUAUGGUCAUUCACCAAGUUUUCAAUUAACAUUAGAAAAUUAUGAACCUAAUCUAUCUAAUCUUACCAGUCAAUUUGGUUCCAUUGUGAUUGACUUUAGCCGUGGUGGAAUCUUUCAAUCUAUCUAUUUUGAUCAUUCUCAAAAUGGUAAUGUAGAUCCCCCAUUGAAUGAUUUUUUAUCCGAGAUAACUCUGCAUCUUCAUGGUGCAGAAUGUCGAACACAUUCAUGGGAUUUUAUCUUGGAUCAAUUUGUAUUUAAAAAAUUCAUUCAAUUGAAUGGUGAAAAUAUGUCCGAUGAACAAUGGUUAAUCAUUAAGGCAUUAAAAAGAAUUUCUAGUCUAUUUUAAUAUGAUUUUUUUUACUUUUAUUGAAACCUAUUAUGUAUAAGAG